AGAGCGCCAUGGGCCACAACUGGCUCGACGUGGCCAACGGUCUCAGCCUCGUGCACAGGAUCACGCAGCCACACACCGUCAACGAAAACAUUGUCGGGGCCAUUCGCGUAAAGUUUUCGCAAAACAACAAGCCACAGGACGUCAUCAACCUCCUGGUCGAAGAGAGCAACAGGUUGUACACGAGUAACGUCGAGAACGGAGUGUACCGCUGCGACACCGACUACAUGACGCUCCGAACCGUCAUGCCUGCCGAGCGAGUCACGGACGACGUCAACAUCAUCGAUCCGGCCAUCUCCACGACGCUGCGUGACCACAACGAGCUCAUCAUGAAGAGUUCCGACACGAUCCCCGUGCCGCGGACUAACCACUACGUACUAGCCCUGCAGAAGGAGAAGGCGCCCGCCACCGAGGUGUCGGUCCUUAACAUCGCCUCCAUAAUAGAACAGUGUAUGAGCAACGGGCGCGUGGACUCUCGCUUCGUCGAAGUGCACAAACAGUCGGACCAGGGCACGCAGGAGCUCAACAAAUUUUACAGCCAGGCCUGUUGCGUCUCGCCCCGUAACCUCGGUCUUUUUCUACAGUGCCUAAACUUUGAGAUGAUGGACUCGGACAUGUUUGGGGCCACCUUACAGUGCCUCAAGAUGACCAAGGGCAUACCCACUCCGCGCCAGGAAGAAAUUGCCACCUACUCAAACACGGCGUUAUUUCGGAUGGCCACCAACCUGUUUUAUCACACGCGUUUCUGCAGGAGCUACCGCGGCGAAAACACCUACCUGUACGACUCGCGCUUCUUUAACGACUUUCUACUCUGGGUCCAGUCGCCCAAUUAUCUGGAACACCACAUCUCGCCUAGCGUGUCGUCGUCCAUCAUCUCGUGGUGCACGUCCAUGUCUACUGCCAUGCACACUACGCGCGACGCCAACGGAGCGAAGUGCGCCAUGGCGGCCAUAUCCACGUGCGAGGUGGACCAACGCGUACUAGCCGACUUUUUGAACAUGUUCAUCAAGCUCUUUAUCGAGGACGAGACCGAGAUUAGCGUCAUCAACAAGAAAUUUCUCGAGAAGGAACUACUCAAGGCUUUUGCUUCCGUGUCUAAUUGCUACAACCUUUUUAGGGGGCAGUUUGUUUCGGCGACGGCCUUGCGCCUCUUCCUAGCCCGUUGUAGGUGGUCCGUGGCCGACGACGUGGAAGUCAUCGUUCCGGUCGAAACGAAGUUUCUCAACAGACUGAUAUGCGACAGCGACGACCUGUUGUCCAACUCGAUGCGAGACAAGCUUCGUAAAACCAUGGAAGACGUCUCCACGAUGAUGGCGCCGCUGCUCUCCAAUCCAUCCACGUCCACGCCUCGCAGCAAGGACGACGACAGCAACGUGCCCGUGCACGACGUGAUAUGCACCAAGCACUACGUCUACCUCUACGUCCGUCACUCGUCGGCGCAUCACAACGUGCAUGCAAUUCUACCCUUUCUCCACCACGUUCUGCAAAGCUAUGUAAACGACAAGACGACCACUUUGCCACUCGAUUACACUUUCGAUCCCCUGGAAGAACAAGAAUCCUUCUUCGACGUGAUUCCAGUCACGUACCACGGCACCUACGAGGUGACCACCUCUCUACCGGCGCUCGUGGCCAAAAUCAAACCCAAGGAAGACGGACAGUACGUGUCAGAUCGCCUUUAUUGCGAGAAGCAUUGGAUGUGUCUACACAAUCUGGUCGUCUCGAGGCUCGUCGACUGUUUCUACUACAUCACCAUACAGAAAUUGCAGAUAUUAAAAGAUGUUACAAAGUCAAACACUACGUCCAACAACGACUAUGGCAUUUACAAAGUGUCGUAUUACAAGAAGUGA